AUGCAGUUUGGAUAACAAAAAACUAUUAAACAUCUACAAGUCCAGAUUCAAUAAGAUAUGAAUACUUUGAUAAAUAAAAAUUUAGUAAAAUAAUAUUUAAUUUAUAAAAUAAAUAUAAAAAAUUAAAAAGUUUAAUUUGUAUCUGAAACACAUGAUUUUAAUAGAACUGGAUUAUUAUAAAGAUUUAUAUAACCAAAAGGCGAGUUUAAUUUUGUUAUUAAAGCCUUGUGGUCUUAACACUUGACUUAUUUUGAAAGACUAUAAAAUAAACAUUAUAUAAAUAAUUUAGAUUUAGAUAUAUAUUAAAGAGUUUUAACAUUUGAAAUAGGCAAAAGUGGGGCUAUAAGUACAAACUUAAAAGGAACUGUAAUAAUUAAUUAAAUUGAUGCAUUCUGUAAAUAGAUAAAAGAUAAUAUAUAAAAUGAUAAAAUGUCUAUUAGUUCAAUGAUUAAUAAUUUCAAAGUAGAUAAUAAGAAUAAAAUUUGGUUUUUAGGAUGUACAUCUAUCCGUUUUUUUAAUAAAAAAAAAAUUCUAAAUAAAUCAACUUCUGUAAGAAGUUAGAGAAUAAGAGAAAUAGAAACUAACGUAUUAAUAUAUAUAUCCAUAAAAUAAAUUAAAUUAUUAUAUUUUUUUAUUAUGCAAAAAAAAUAAAAAAGAUUCCUGAUUAUAUUAAUUAAUAAAUGUUAAUUUUAAACACUGCUUGUAAAGAAAUUAGAUUGA